UGUAAAGAGUCAGUAAACUACUAACUAUGACUAGUCCAUACUCUGUAUCCCAUGUCGUGGGAUAUAAGCAACAUUUACCUACUCAGGUAAUCAAAUUGCCGCUUCAAUAUCCCAAUUCAGUAGGACUUCUAGGAACUCCUAAUGAACAAUUUCAUAAAAAAUUAUCUAAUUCAGGUAAUGUAAUUGACUUAAACAAUAAUUCAUCAAUAAAUUCAGUUAUUGAUUAUAUAUCUUAUGAUAUUUUAAAUGAUCUUAAAACCAUCACAUUAAGUCCUAUCAAUUCCAAACUGAAUCAUUUUAAUUUACCAUUUCAAAAUAUAUGUAUAUCAUUACCUCAUUCAAUAAUAUCUUUUAAAUGUCUUAGUAUAUCAUUAACUAAAAAUGAUAAUAAUAAUAAUAAUAAUAAUUAUGUGGUAAUUGAUCUUAUAGAUGAAAGUUAUUUAUUUAUAACCAUUAAAAUCUCCCUCGAAGAUUUCAUAGUUAGAGAUUCAACUAAAAUUAAAUAUUCCCUUAAUAAUUUUAAUAAUUGGGGUCAUAUUUCUGUACCAUAUUCAUUUGAAUUAAGAUCAAAUCCUUAUUUAUUAAAAUCUCUUGAUGAAUUUAAUAUUAUAGUAUCUUUAAAAGAUGGUGGAUUACUUCAUUUUAAAAGAUCAAAUAUAUUAAAUGAUUUUGAAGUUUAUACAUUUAAUGAAGCUAUUUCAAUGUUACCAUUAAAUUUAUUUAGUGGAUUAUUUGGUACUAAACCAAAUGAUUCAAGACGUGAAAUUGUUCUUGAAGGUAUAUCUUCUAAUUCAAUAGUUGAUGUUAUAAAUAUUAAUUCAUCAUCAAUUAUUGUUACAUUAACUGUAUCAAAAUCAAUUAAAUUAUGGUCAUUAAAAUCUCAUCAAUUAUAUUCUGAUCCAAUUUAUAUUACGGAAAUUCAUGAUUUAUCUUCAUGGUUAACAUCAAUUCCUGCUAAAUAUCUUCAAACUAUUACUACUGAUAAUGAUAAUAAUAAUACUUUAUUAUUAUUAACUCUAUAUUAUACAACCAAUUCAAAUCAAGAAAUAGAAUCAGAUAAAAGAAGUCGAUUUACUUUCAAGUCAUGGAAGAUUUCUGACCUGGAUUUAUCACUCAAUGAUACUGAUGCUAUUAUAUUUCAACCAGAAUUACCUAAUACACUUCUUGAAACUUUUGGAUCUAAAUUUCAAAAUAUUCUUUGGUUCAUUCAAGAUUAUCAAACUCAAAUUAUUCAUGAUACUAUUAAAUAUCAUAUAUUAUGGAAAUCUAAUACUUCAUCUGUUUUAGUUACCUAUACUAUUGGACUCAAUAAUGGAGAAGUAUUAUCAAUUAAUUGGUCAAAUGAUGGAGAUUAUAAGAUAUUUCAAGAAUUCUCUCCAAUUCAUAGUAAUGAUUAUUAUUCUAAUAUGAUCUUAAAUUCGGGAAGGUAUGAUUCAUUUAUAGUAUCUACAUCAUUAAAUUUGGUUAGAAAUCAUUUAGGUUUGGAUAGUAUUGAAUAUAAUAAGGAUAAUUCUAUUCGACAAAUAAUUGAUGAAACUUUUACAAAUGCAAAGAAAAAUAUUCAAGAUGAUAAAUUUUAUUGGUUUCAAUUAGCAUCAUUAUGUGAAGAAUUUAAAAAGUUAAGUGAAGAAGCAUUAUCAUUAACAUUAUGUAAAAAUUCCAAUUCCAAUUCCAAUUCAAAUGAUUUCUUAGUAUUACAAGUUAAUGGAUUAGGACUUUUCCGUCCUUCACAUUAUUAUGAAAGUUUUUCAUUUCAAGCAGAUAAUAAAUUAGUUAAAAUUUUAAAUCAAUUAAGUUCAUUAAUUUCUAUAAAGACAUUUACAAAAAUUCAAAAGAGAAUUAAAAAUUUAUCAAAAAUUACUGAAUUAGAAAUUGAAGAAUUUGAUGGUUAUAUAGGUAAUAAAUUAUCUGAUGAUGAAGUUCAUGGAUUAAUGACUGAACUUGAAUCUAUACCAAAUGUUCUUGAUUUAAUUAAUUUAUUAAUUGAUGGAUCAUUAGAAGAUUUUGAAACAAUAGAAUCUUUCAAUAAUAUUAAUUCAAAUCAAGAUUCCACCAAUUUAUCUAUAUCUAAAAGACUUUUUACCAUUAGUACUUUUAAAACCAUUAAACUUGAACAUGAAUCUAUUCUAUUAAAAUUAUUAAUUUUAUUUGUGAUAUGUGAUUCAAAUAAUGAAAUAUUAGAAUUAUUAAAUAAGAUCAUUUCUAAAUUAAGAUCUUAUGAUUUAAUUGAAUUUAUAUUUGAUACAAGUUUUAAAUCAUCUGAUUUAGUAUCACCAAUAGAAAAAUCUAAAUUAAAUUCAGUAGAAUAUUCAUUAUUUUGGUCAGGAGUGGUUGGAAAAGAACCUAAAUUAAAAUCAUUAAUUUCAAAUUCUACUCUUAAUGAAGCUUGUGAUUAUUAUUUUGGAAAUUUAUUUAAAUUAAAUAGUGAUGAAAUCAUUGUUAAUAUUGUUCUUGAUUUAUUAAAUCGUAAUGAAGGAAAAUUCAUUAAAGAUUCAUUUUUUAAGGAAUUAAAAAUUUCUAGAAAUAUAGAUAGAUUCUUAAUUGGAUUAAUUUAUCUUAUAAAUAAUGAAGUUGAUGAAUUUUUUCAAAUUUUUAAGACUUAUGAAGCAUUUGAUAUUAAUAAUCAAGCAUUAAAAGAUAAGAUUUAUAAUUCAUUAAGUCAAAUUGAGAAUAUUAAAUUAUUCUUAGAUACGAUUUUUACAUCUGAAACCAAUGAAAUCUUAAAGAAAUCUAAUUAUUUCCAUUCCCUUUCUGAAUUAUCUAAAUCUCAAGCUGAUGUUGCAAAAUAUCAAGAAUCAAAAUCUAUUGUUUCAUCAAAGAAUAAAUUUUCUUCAACUGAAACAAAUUUCAUAACUACUGCUAUUGAAUUUGAAAAGAUUUCAAUUGAUAUAUUAAAGGAAUCCAAUUCAUUCUUUAAUGAAUUAAAUUCUCAUUAUAUUAAUUUAUUUGAAUUGGCUUUAAUUAUUUCAAAUUAUAAUGAAUGUUCAAAGAGUUUAAGUAAUUUAUCCAUUGAUGAUCAGAAAUAUAAAGAAUUAUUUACUAGAUAUAUUAUUAAAUUAGUAUCUAAUCAAGCCAUUUCCAAAUUAUUUCCUCCUGAAGAUAAUUCAUUAUAUAUUAAAAAUUAUUUACUUAUAGAUGAAAUUUUAAUUUCAUUAGCUAAUAAUGAGAAAUCAUUAAGUAAUUCACUUAAAUUAUAUCAAUAUGUUUAUUCCUGGAGAUUAUUUGGAUCAUCAAGUAGUUUAAAACAUAAUCAAGUAGGUGAUAAAAGAGGAGCUAUUGAAGCUUUAUAUAUUUAUAUUGUUCGAUUUAAAAGACAUGAAUUGUCAAGUUUUAGUGAAGAUACUAAACAAUUUAAAUUAAAAGUAUUGGAAUUAUAUAUGAUUAUUAUCAAUAGUUUAAAGAGUUUUGAAGAAGAUGAUGAUAAAUGGAUCAUUAAAGUCGGAUCUAAAUCCAAUGAGAUAAAAACUUUGGAUCAAUUAAAGAUUGAAUACUAUGAAUGGUCAAAGGAAUUAGAGUUAGAAUUACAAGCUAAUAAUUUUUAA